AUGAGUGCCUUUGCUUCGGGGCGUGCUGCCCUUCGUCUCUCCAGAAAUCGAGCGUCUACUUCGCAUUGGCAGUCACUGUAUCAGUCUACGCACACGGUUGCUACCCGAGGGUUGAUAGCAUCACACAACAUUCGACCGUAUGGUGCCCUUUGCCAACCUCCCCCUUCCUGGUCAAGUCCAGCAAGCAGGAUCUUUUCAACAUAUGAUGGGUCAUCCAUGACUCCAGCACAACUUCAACAGCUGGUACUGAAACAUUCUCUUCAGGACGAUCCUAUGGAGGCACACACAAUUUUGAAUCAACUCUUCAUGAUGGAUUCGAAGGAAGUCACACCCGAAAUUCAAACAGCCGUCAUGGAUUCUUGGAUUGUUUAUCAGUCGAAGUGUCAACAACAACUGAAUGAAUCUAUUUCUAGUGGUAGCAAUGAAUCCAACCUAAGCGAAGUGCACCGCAACGUCCACGAAAUGGGUAAGGCUGCCGAACAUGCGUCUCAAAUUCUCGAGUCUAUGGAUAGCCCAUCGCGCCAUCAUAUUGUGGCUGUUCUUAAAGCCUUGGCAAAUGUAUCCGAAGCUUCCCAUACUACCAGUGUUUUCAAAGGCGAUUUUGUGAGAGGAAUUCCUCAACGGGCUCAACACUUUUGGCAAAUCCAUGAGAAUUUGCCGAUCGAGGCCUCCAAUCAACUUCUGAGGGCCUGGGCUUACAGCAAGGAGUACUUGAGGGGUACCAUGGCGGAGCAAAUCUUUCAACAAAUUGAGCACCCCAAUGGCGAAUCAUACAAGAAUAUCAUUCGCGCCUGGUGUUGGAGUAAGGAGAGACGAUGUGCGUUCACGGCUACCGGUCACUUAAUGAGAAUGAUGCGAUUGUUGGAGACUGGAAAGUCGGAUAUGGAACCAUCUCUGGACGAUUAUCACGUCUUAUUCCACGCGUGGACUACAGCAGAAGACAAGAACGCUCCAUCCAAGGCAUGCAGCGUCAUCCAAAUUAUUUCUGGUGCACAUAAGCGGGGUCACACUGAAUUAGCACCGGAUGAGACAUGCUACAGGGAUACCUUGACUACCAUAUCUCGUCGGGUGAACGUACCCGAGGUUGGAGAGUUAGCCGACAACAUGCUCAAAGAAAUGAAGGAAGCGAUGUUCAUUCCUGAUUCAGAAUGUUACAGCGCGGCCAUUCAAGCUUGGAAUCACGUUGCUACAGCUCGAGAGAGCGAAGACCGAGAAGGAGCUGUCCAACGGGCGUUAGAUUUGCUGCAAGAAAUGACCAAGGCCUAUCAUCGAACCACAACUGUCACUAUUAGGCCGACUGUCAAAGACUACAACAAUGUCUUGGAGGCUCUGACUAUUUCGAAAAAUACCAAGGCGACGAGACAUGCCGAGACACUACUCACAGCAUUAGAAGAAGCCGAUACCUCAGCAGUAGACGGUCUGAAACCGAAUGCUGAGAGUUACAAGUUCACAUUUGACGUCUGGAAGAACAGCAAAUCACCCAACAAAGUUCCUCGCUCCCUGAACAUUCUUCGACGGAUGACGGAUCGGGCCGAGUUUUCGACCGAUGCUGAUCAGACCUAUGUGCCAGCCUUUAGUUCCUUUAUAGAUGUUUGUGCCAACUGUGGGAGCACCGAGAAUUCCAGAAAGACCAUGACACUGGUAUUGAGAAUAUUUGACGAGAUGAGAUCCAACGGCUUGCAACCGGAUUCUUCUACCUACGCAGCUCUUCUGGAAGCCUGUAAUAACCUCAUACAGGAUGGCCAAGAACGGCAAAAGGUCCUGAAACGAGUAUUUGUGAAAGCUUGCGAUGAUGGUUACGUCAACCAGACAGUGUUGGAGCAGUUCAAGAAAUCAGCAUCGACCUACAGCUUUGCCAAUGUAGUGAUCUCACAUAGCCGAGAAGUGGAAGGGAUGAAAGUUGUUCCCGAAUCUUGGACCCGCAACAUUCAGGGGUUCCAAGUCAAAACCAAGGGCGGUAAGCAAGUGUUGCCGCUGAGCAUUGGGGGUCAAUUUACCUUCACCAAGGCAGCUGCUGAGUACAAGAUGCGAAAACUGCGACAACGUCACAAUCAAAGACUGCUACAGGGAGGGCGUACAAAAUAA